UGGCCGACAAGAUGCCCCGGGGGUGUGGAUGACCUGAUGUCUAGCUUCCCGAACAGCUCAGCCCGCAUGCCGCCACCUCGCUAGGACCAGGACCCCUCCUGAAGGGGCUGCCUGGGGUCCUUCCCCGCACACACCACUCUCCAGACCCUGAGCCUGGGCCUCGCGCAGGGGAGGUGCAGGAGUGAGCUUCCCGCGCCCUCGGAGCAAGCAAGCCGUGGACGGUGGGUGCGGGGUAGGAAACAUUCUCCCCAAGCACUUCAGCAAAAUGACCAGCCUGUUCCGCCGGAGCAGCAGCGGUGGCGGGAGCGGUGGGAGCGGGGCCGCCGGGGCGCGGGGCCCCGGGACUGGGGCCGGGGCCAGAGGAGGCAGCACUGCCGCCCCGCAAGAGCUCAACAAUAGCCGGCCAGCUCGCCAGGUGCGGCGUCUGGAGUUCAACCAGGCCAUGGACGACUUCAAGACCAUGUUCCCCAACAUGGAUUACGACAUCAUCGAGUGUGUCCUCCGUGCCAACAGCGGCGCCGUGGACGCCACUAUCGACCAGCUGUUGCAGAUGAACCUGGAGGCGGGGGCCGGCAGCCCCUACGAGGACAGCUCGGACUCCGAGGACAGCAUCCCUCCCGAGAUCUUGGAAAGGACUCUGGAGCCCGAUAGCUCUGACGAAGAGCCGCCGCCUGUGUACUCUCCGCCUGCCUACCACAUGCACAUGUUCGACAGGCCUUACCCGCUGGCUCCCCCAACCCCACCUCCUCGGAUUGAUGUUCUGAGCUCAGGACCCCCUGCAAGUCAGAGGCGCUACCGGAACUGGAACCCACCGCUACUGGGCAAGCUCCCUGAUGACUUCCUGCGUAUUCUGCCCCAGCAGCUAGACAGCAUGCAGGGUAACCCUGUGAGUGGAGAGGGAAGCAUACCUCCUGUCCCUGCGCCGAUGGCUAGCGACCAGGACAGCCGCUGGAAGCAGUACUUGGAGGACGAGAGGAUUGCGCUUUUCCUGCAGAAUGAGGAGUUCAUGAAGGAACUACAGCGCAACCGGGACUUCCUCCUUGCACUGGAGAGAGAUCGCUUGAAGUAUGAGUCCCAGAAAUCCAAAUCUAGCAGUGUGGCUGUCGGAAAUGACUUUGGCUUUCCCUCUUCGGUCCAAGGAACCAGUGAUCCCAACCCUGCUGUGUCUGAAGAUGCCUUAUUCAGGGACAAGUUGAAACAUAUGGGAAAAUCCACCCGGAGGAAGCUGUUUGAAUUGGCCCGGGCCUUCUCGGAGAAGACCAAAAUGAGGAAGUCAAAGAGGAGACACUUGCCAAAGCAUCCGUUGCUGGGGGCUGCUGCGUCAACGGCCAACCUCCUGGAUGACGUUGAGGGCCAUGCUUGUGAUGAAGACUUCCGAGGAAGGCGGCAAGAGAUGUCCAAGGUGGAGGAGGCCCUUCGGGAAGGACAGUAGUGGUGUCAGCAGCUCUGCUUCGCCAGAGAUGUUCUGACCCGGUGAGGGCUGCCAGACAGCAACACCGGCACCCAGCUGAAGGGCCCAGCUGCAGCCGGACAGAUGGUGCUUGCAUAUGAAGGCCCAGGGCUCUCCGGCCACAGUCCAGCUCAGCCACUGCCAUUUACUGCGGGACUCAGAACUUCGGAGUUGCCAUCCUGAGAUUGGAAGAGGGACCUGGGGCCCCAAAGGCAGCAGCCAGUGACCAGCCCCCUUUUAUAGCCAGGCUUUUCUGUGGGCAAUGAACAGAAAUACAGGAACCACCCCUUCCCUGCUUUAAAGGAAAAACAAAACAAAAAUCCCAGGAAGCACAAAGAUUGAAGUUUGGGGAAAGCAAAGGAUGACACUACCAGAGGCUCUUGGGCCUGAAGGAGGAGUUCCUGUCCCCCUUCCUCACCUCUCCUGGCAGGCCACAGGCUGCCUGAUCUACCCCAUUCCCAGAUUCCUUGAGGUACUCCUCCUCCUUUUCUUCCCAAGCUCUCCUACAUCCCAGCCUUUCCCCUGGCAACAGACCCUCCCCACAACCCCUGCUCUGCUAGGGACAGCCCUGGGCAUCACAAGGUGGAAUCUGCUGCCUGCCCUCUCUGGCUCAUUGAGCUACUUGUUAGGGGCUGGCACAGCCUGGCAACCUCCGCUUCACCAAGCAAGGAUGAGGAGGAUCCCCCCCUCCCUCCCUUCUCCCCUGCCCUGGAGCCCAAGGAGUCUUGUAAGGUCUUUAGUUUGGCCAAAGUCCAAAAGGCAGCGCUGGAUUCACACACACUACAUACAGUGGGGGCUCUUAGGAGCUGGGGUAGCUGGACUAGUCCGACUGUGUCCUAAGGGGGUGUGACAGCGGGAGACUCAGGGGUGACUCCGUCCAGAAGGUGGGGGGGGGCAGGACCUAGGUGAAGAAGUGGCCAGCCUGGCUGGGAGAAUCCAGGCGGCGGCGAUCUGAAAAGGAAAACUUUGAUUCCAUGAACUCUUAAAUGAACUCAACCGGCACCAACCACUGCCAAGGGGCGGGGGCGGGGCUCAUGGCCCCGGGGCCCGGACCUGGGAACGAGCUGGCCUUUUCCCGCCCAUCCGUCAGAUCGGGCAGCAGGAGGCUCCCGCUGCGGUGGAACUGGGGGUUGGGGGAGGGGAUCGGAAGUCUGGAGAGGGGCCUGAGAGAAAAGAUUACCCCAUCCCUGCUCGGAUUCAGGGGUAGGGUUGGGGGACCGAGCUGCCCCUCCCCCCGCAAUCCCUAGCUGGGCUGGGCGGCGCGGCCGGAGUGACCAAGUUUGGAAGCGUGCAGUUCGGCGGCGCGUGCAGCGGGAUCCGGAGCGCAGCCGCCAGCCAAGAGGAGGUGUCCGCCCUCCUGGAUCGCUCGCCUAGGAGCUCUUCCCUCCCGACCCGCCUUCCCCCGCCCCCCAGGCCGCUAGCUGUAGCUCCGGGCGGGGGAGUCUGGGCCUCCGGCAGUGGUCAGAGCGCGUGCGCCCUGGCGUGCAGGAGAAGCCGCAGCUCCAAGUCCGUGCGUGUGUGUGUGUGUGUGUGUGUGCGCGCGCGCGUGCGUGUGCGUGUGCUUUGUUAUCCUCCCCCCACCCCCGUCCCGUGUGUGGUUUGUGGUUUUUUCCUUGGAGCGGUUUCAUAGG